AUGGACAUCGAAUCACCUGUCCACCAGAGCCCCAGUCCAGUGCCUCAAGGAGCUCCACACCUGCCCAGUGAUGUUAGUAGCGACCUGAGUCAGAGCGAUGAUGAGCUGUCAGAAAAUCGCACCACCCCUGCUGACAUUGCAGGAAAUUUUAGUCUGGUCCAUCGUGCAUGGAUUCUGAAUCGGGUACGCUUUCAUGCCCAAAAGGUAUGCGAAGUCUUCUCACCCCCCAGAGUGACUUUGGCAGCACACAGGGCAGGUCACACAGCCGAUUUCGCCUUUGACAUCACGUACAAUGGUUGGGAUGCUUUGGAUGCUACCAUGCGGAUUGAGCUCCGUCAGAUCAUUCGUGAAAUGCGUCCUACACUGCUGGUCUUGAGUCCACCAUGUACGAUGUUUAGCCCCUUGACCAGGAUGUGGAAUCGGGACAAGUGGACACCUGAAGAGUAUGCCAUGCGAAGGGAGGCUGCCGAGUGUAUGUUCGACUAUGCGCUGGACCUUGCAGCAGACAUGGAACUUGUGGGCCGUGGCUUUGUCUUAGAGCAUCCGGCGCCAGCCUCGUCGUGGGAGCGGCCCAAGGCUCAGGCCCUGCUUGCCACACCCAACAUUCGAGCUACAAACUUCGACCAGUGUGCCACAGGACUGCUGUCACCCAGCGGUGCUCCUAUGAAGAAAAGAACAAAACUUCUGUCGAAUGUGGGCCCUAUCCACACCCUCUUUGCACAGCGGCAAUGCUCGUGUGUGACACAGCACCGCACCAUCCAGGGCUCUGAGUGGGGAGUGCAACUUAGCACAUGGGCCCAGCGUUACCCCGACCCCAUGUGCAAUUUGAUUGUUCAGGCUGCGGCCCAAUGGGCUGACUAG